CUAGACCACCUAUGGCGGAAGCUGUAAUUUCAUCCGGUCGGGUUGGUACUCCUACUCAGUCCCAUGACAGAAUAGUCAGCAUAGAUAACCAGAACGAACAGUCCGAGUCCGAUAGUCAGGAUACUGUGAAAAGCCUUGAGAGGAGAAUAGUUGAACUCGAAACCCAGCUCAAGAAUGUCAGCGAACAAAAAGAGAAAGAGUUGGCCCUCGCAGCGGAAACUAUUACGCGGAAAAAUGAUGUGAUUGACGUUAUGCGAAUAAAGCUGAAUCGGUACGAGUUUGCAAUCAAAGAAGCCAUUCUCUUUCUGGGAAAGCCAAUGUUGAACUUUGAGGAAUGGCUGACGCGUGGAGGAAAGGAGUCCUUCAGUGGGGAUUCCGGCCAAGCUGAGCAUUCCCGUAUCGCCUCAACUAUCAGCAAAUCCAACAACGAUAAGUCUUUGCCGGCACAGAUGGCAGAGAAACAACAAGCUCAGCAGGCUGCAAACUUCCAGCUGUCUCUGACGUCCGGCUCAAAAGCAAUGUUGCCAGGCGGCGCAACACCGUUGGAAGUUCAGUGUAUGGAAUGUCUGCGCCUGGCGUUGAAUUAUCUAAAAAGUGCCCAGAUGUCAGUUAAGGCUGUGUCAGAGCCCAAGCCACCAGGCAUUCAAACUACUCAGGAUCUGGAGCCUCUGCCUCGAUUGAAUGGUGAGGCAGCACAUGCAGAGUCAGCGUCCCCCGGCGACGGGGCAUGGCCCAAACUAUCUCCUUGCAGAGAAGAGGAACCUGAGCCCCCACGGCUUGGUACAGCUUCAAGCGAUACAAAAGGACUUUUGUCAACCGGAAAUAUGUCACAGGCAGGGUUACAAUCUGGUCGAUCAUACUCUUCUGCCUCAAGCCAUGAAAGGAAGAUUUCAGCUCAAAAGGCCGCUGCAGCACUUUAUCAUGCUGCUACUUCUCUACCAGAGGAUGACGAGAGCGAUCUAGCAACCAAUCCAUCGAGGAGUACUGGAACAGCCCCAAGCACCCCAACGAUCAGUAAAUGCCACUUCUGCCGUGACAAUAUGCUACAACUACACCACUUGCAGGAUACUAUUGACGGUCUCAAGCUUGAUAUCACGGAUCUUGCCGAUCAAUUAGAGGAGGAACGCGCCAUAAGGGAUAGACUACAGCUGAGCAAGGACAUUUUAGAUCAAGAACUCGAGGAGCUUACUGCUCAACUGUUUGACCAAGCGAAUCGAAUGGUGAUAGAUGAAGCAAAAAUGCGGGAUGAACUGGAACAUUCUAAUCGCCAAUUGAGGGGCGAGCUGAGCGAGGUAAUGCAAAAUUUUAGAAGACGGGACGACGAAUUACAACAGCUGCGUCAGUCUCUACGGGCACUAGAAGCUGCUAAACUACGCUCAAGCUCUGUUACCAACCUUACCUCUGCUGCUGGUUCCAGUUCGCCCCUGGGUUCACAAUCCAGCCUUGCCACUUCUGGCCCUCCUCUCCGUCGUGACAGUAUUAUGCGAAGGUCAUCAGUAAUUGUUUCCCCGCAUGGCUCUUUCCCAGUCCUAGGCAUCAACUCGUCCUCAACCAUCCCAGUCGACGGGAUCAUCUUCUCAGAAUUUCAGGAGCAUGUAAAGGAAACCAUGAACUCGAACUACCAACAAACACCCUCUAUUACAACUCAGUUCUUUAAACGGUGUAUGGCGGAGGAUGUCGAACCAUGCCUAUUCUACGGGUACCACCUGGACGGAGGUGGGAUAUUCAAGCAAACACAGGGCCUAAGCGCAUCAAGCAAAAAGAAAUUCCUGGAAAACAUAUCACGGGGAUGGUGUGAAGUGGUACCGCAUUGGGCAACUCGAUCGAAUUCUUCACUUGCGAGUAAGAUAUCACAGUCACCUUCCUCACCAUCACCGUUGUCGGGUGACAUCGCCUCCCAACAAUCACAGCGACCAGCAGCUCGUACAAAAUGCUAUGCUUGUACGUUGAUCCGAGAUUGUGAUUACAAAAUCCGGUUUGUCCCCCCAGCGCCGAGCACAUCGUCUACAACCACAGGAUCCGUUUCCUCAUCCUCAGCAACACAAACUUCCUUAUCACCAGAUGCGGCGUGGCAACCUCUAUGUCGAUUUUGUAGGGAUCGAAUUCUUGCGGUGCUUGGUUUCUUUGCAUUUUUGUCGCAUUUGCGUGAUGGGGUGAAGCACGGUGCGACGAUCCUUGCGAUGUUCCGACAAGUCCUAUGGUUGCGAAGGCGUAUGGCGGGGUCGAGAAUAGGGAGUACUGCAUUGUUCGAUGGGGACGCAGACGGAAACUGGAGGCUUGAAGCAGGGGGUGAUUGGGAAAAACUGGUGCAAAUAAUGCCGUGA